CCGACAACAGAAACCACCGCCAGCGUCGUGUCAAACGUCGUAUACACUCAAUUUGUUGGCGCUCUCUACCAUUCGACCUCAAAAAUGCAGCGCCCUCUCCGCGGUUCUAGGAUAUCUUCAUUUUACCCUGUCAAAUCAUUGCCGCAGCUCAGCUCACUAGAUAGCGCGUUCCAGCUACAAGAGUACAUCUCACUACUAAUACGGCUGGACGUCCACGAUGUAGAAAGGAUUAUAGAGGUUCCGGGAAAGAAGGGAAAGGAGGAGAGUUCUAGCUCAGAUUCCAACGCAAAGGACUCGAAACCCUCGGAAGAGCAGAAGGCUGAGGAUGGCUCAAAGCUCGCUGAGGACAAGGAAGGCAAGGAGAAGGACACGGCCGUGGAUGAAUAUUGCUGGAUUUAUGAGCACCUGCGUCGGCUUGCUCAAGACCUUACACAUCCGCUUAUUACCAUGCUACAGCAAGAAUGUAAUCGCUCGACUUGUCCAGAGAUGAAGGCAGGCGAAUGGUUGUAUCUUUGUGUUGCCCAUGGCAAUGACGGUGCUAUGGAGCAAUGUUGCGCAAUCGACUAUAUUCUUCAUACCAUAGACUCAGCUACGGCGCUGUUGAACUCUCCUCGUGCUUUCCCCUCUCGUCUAUCGAUCCCCCAUACAUCCCAUCGACAUUUCUCCUCUCUAGCACGCCGACUUGGUAGAGUUUUUGCCCACGCGUAUUACCAUCAUAGAGAGGUUUUCGAGCAAGCAGAGGCCGAAUCAUCUCUGUACAGGAGAUUCCUGAGGCUAACAGAACGUUUCGGACUAGUUCCGAGAGAGUUCCUUGUCAUACCGGGCAGUGGGGAACCAAACACGUACGAGACUCGAGGAGAAUCUACAGAAGACGUCGCUGGUGGAAAAAUGAUACUAGGCAAGGAAGUACCGUACGAACAAGCCUAUCCAACGUGGUCCAGAGUCUCUCCUCAGUCCUUCUCUGAGUCCCAUGAAUUGUCCUCUCCAAGUCAUCAUCAACAAGAACAUGCAACCAGCCUUGACUCGCCACUUGAUCCCGACACCUCAUUCUCCUCUGUUGGUCCACCAGGGCUUUCCACCUCUUCCGGAAACAAUUCACCUUCCCCUCCUGGCUCUGGGUUUGCCCGAACAGGCAGAAGCCGUACAGAUACGAUGGUUUUACAUGCCAAAGAGGAUAAGGAACCUCCUGUGACCUCCACUACCUCCGGCAACGAAAGUUCUGAUAGAUCAUCUGAAUCGAAGUCGUCAUCAUCCCUAUCUGCACCCGUUCCGGAGCCUCAGAGUGUACCACCAGCAUCACCGUCGUCACCACAAUCGUUGGAACCGACAGAACCAACCGAGCAAGUCGAAGUAAAGGAAGUAAAGGAAGAAGAUGAAUCUACCAAAAAGGAGGACUCUCCUUCUACGUUAGUAGAAUCGUCAUCGACCGUCGAAUCCUCAGAUGUACAAAUACCUUCCCAAGUUGAAGCCGCAGGAGAGGUUAAGCAAAAUGAAGAGGUUGAAGUGACACCUUCAUCAUCGACUGCACUCCGUUCUUCGGAAGAACAAGUGGAAUCGGAAAUCGCUUCGAGUGACGUACCUGUUGAAGCCAAGUUGAGCGAGGUGCCAGUCGUCAACUCUGACUCAGGAGCAGAGGCUGAGGGAACAACUGGAGAGCUAGAGCCACCGGCAGAUGCCGAUCCUGUUGCUGAGACUUUGGAGGAGACGAAAGAAGUUGUUGAAAAAGUCGAAGAGGAGAAGGCUGAAGAUGUUGCGUCAACGGAAGAAACCAGAACGGAGUCAGAGGGCGGGGACGCGGAGACAGAAGCGCCCCCUAGAGUCCAAAAAGAGGAAGAACUGGGACCUGUGGAAUCAUCUGAAGUGGAAGAACAAGCUGAUACGAAUCCCCCUGUCGAGCCGGCAAAGGUGGAUGAAGAAGUCGACUCUACUGCGACCAAACCUGAGGCGGAAACGUCGACGGUCGUGCAGCCAGUUGAGGUUAAGGAGGUUGGAGAGGAAGAAAAGGGCAAGGAAGGGUCAUAGCUCCUUCGCAGAUGCAGGCACUCUCAUUUCUUACUGUGGUUUCACUUCUCCGUACGCUCUUUCUGUUGUUCACCAAUUUUUCAUUCUCAUACCCUCUUACAUAUCAUUAUCAGGAAUGUUGUACUUAGGUACACUUGUUCUCGAAGUUUGCUAAUUAGUCGCCUAUCUACGCAGAGUCGAGCUUCCCUGAGCAGACAUGAAAGCAUAGUCCCUAUUAUCGUUUCUAUAUUCAUUUCUAACACCAGCCAGCGCCAGAUCAGUUGCAUCGACCUCGAGGUGGAAUGUGGUCACAUUCUGCCUCAAACUGGCAGUCGUUUUACUAGUCUCUCUUCAGAUAUCUGUAAUGCGGUAUUCUCAGCGCUACACACGGAAAUUUGACGUUAUCUCCG